AUGACCAAAGCUAUAGAAGCAUUGGUUAUCUCAACUGCACGUUGGUGUUUCCUUCCAACAACAAGCAGCAUACUGGACGGACAUAAAGAAGAGGGUGGUGUUUCCCGACGCUCCGGAGGACGAUGGAAUCCACCUAGUAAACAACGAGAUGGUCUUUCAGUUGAUGAGAAAAAUGAUCUGAUAUUCCGUAAGGCCAGAGGAAUUCUCAAUAAACUUACUCCGGAGAAGUUUGAUAAGUUAAGUUUGGAGCUUCUAAAUGUUGGUAUUGACUCCCAGCUCAUCCUUAAGGGAAUUAUUCUUCUGAUCUUCGAAAAAGCCUUAGAUGAGCCAAAAUAUAGUUCACUUUAUGCACAGCUAUGUCACCGUCUUUGUAAGGACGCUCCAAAUUUUGAUCACUCUUCCUCUAAAACUAUUACUUUUCGACGUCUACUCUUAAAUAAGUGCCAGGAUGAAUUUGAAAACCGAUCCCGUGCUACCGAAGCAUUUGAUAAGAAAGAUGGCCCCCUCAAUGAUGAUGAAGCAGAGCAAUACCAUCUGGCUAAACAGAAAAUGCUGGGCAACAUCAAAUUUAUUGGUGAACUUGGCAAACUGGAGAUGCUGCACGAGGGCAUUUUGCACAAAUGCAUCAAGCAGCUUCUGGAAAAGAAGAAAAACGUCCCCGUUAAAGAUAUGGCUGAGGACUUGGAGUGUUUGUGCCAGAUAAUCCGUACUGUAGGCCGACGCCUUGACUCUCUUGAGGCUAAGGUAAUUAUUGUUCUUUUUCUUUAUAUUUCUACUGUUUCUGAUUACCAUACUGCUGCAAAAUGGAUCAUCUUCCUUGUAUAUUCUAAUGGAGAAUCAUCUGAGUUUGGAAUAUACCUUGGUCUUCCAGAUGGAUCGGGGCGUACUGGUGGGCCUACUGGUGGUUUGUUUGGAUCACGCAUGAUGAACGGAAAUAUGGGACCAUGCCACAGAGGGGGAUUGGCAGACAUAUUCAGUGCUGCCCCUACUGGAUUGCUUAGUGUUCCGUAUCGUAAUGGUGGAGAAAAAUUGCUCAUUUUGGACAUGUUUUCUCUUGUAGAUAACAUUGGUACUGGGCCAGGUGUAAUUCAAGCAGAUGGAUUUUUGUCCGGUUAUUCUAUGAAUAUGGGCAGGAGAGGUAGUCAGCCAACACCAGACAUUCCUGUCAUUUUCUUUGUAGGUAACUUUUCCAAUCAGUUCAACAAUAGACGCAUGCAAGACAAUAGUGCGGGUGGUCCAGUUGGAAACAGCAUUGGAUUUGGAAUGGGUGGUGUUGGUACAGGUACCAGCCCCAGAUCUACCAGACGAGUCAACCCACAACAAACAUCAACACCACCGAUGUUUCAAACUCAACAAAACCACCAAUCUCUUCCAUUGGCACCAAUGCAAUCACCAUUAUUGGCACAGCCGCCUUUAAGCUCUGUGCAAAGGACACCAGCCUUUUCAGCACCUGGAAGAGAUUUGCCGCAAAGAUUUAUGCGAAUGAACAUGCAGCCACCAGUUGUACCGGAAAAACCAAACUCAGGACCUGAAGACAUCAACCUUCGACCAUACAAGCCAUUUAACAUGUUACGUCCAUCAGUGCCAAACAUGCUGUCUAAGCCUGUUCGUCCUUUGAUUGGGACGCCACAAACAACUUUCCAGCCUCCAUUAUAUGACAUGGGAUCAAAUCCUAAUCCACACUUGAUAAACAAGCAGCCUCAAAUUACCAUCAAGCAAGCUAAUCCAGAAAAAUCUAAAUCAGUCAAAAAAGCACCACUUACCAAAAAGGAGCUUGAAAACAGCAUGACUUCCUUACUUGAUGAUUACUUUAAUUCUGGAGAUGUUCAAGUAGCAACCAGUGCAAUUAAAGAUUUGAAUGCUCCAAAUAAGUUUAUCUCCGAUAGCAUUUACAAAAUGAUGUUAAACAAUGUGGACAAAUCGGAUACUGAAAGAGAGAAAGUCAUGAAUCUUAUAGUUGGCAUGAAACCAGAAAACCUUGUAACAUCAGAAACUUUUAUGGGAGCUUACCGCAGCCUGCUUGAGAAACUUCAAGAACUGGAGACUGACGUUCCAUUGAUUAAAUCCUAUGUGGCCAGUUAUGCAGCGCAUGCGAUAGGAGGGAAUGUUAUCAGCCUAUCGGAUCUCGCUGAAGUUUUGGACAAAGGAGCCCACUAUCCACUCUUCCUUAUUUCUCUACAACAAAUGCACAAGCAGAAGGACAAAGAAUGGCUAGUGAAUGUCUUCAAUGAAAGUAAGAUAAACCUGCAAGACAUGUUACCUGAAAACGACCAGAGUAAAGAGAAAAUGAUGGAGAUUUUAGAAGACAGGGGUCUUAGCUUUCUAUUUCCUCUUCUCCGUAUUCAAUCUGAACUUUGGAAACAAAUCCAGACUGACCCCAGUGCCACAGCAAUUUUUAAAUGGAUCAAGGACAAAGUGCAGAAUGACCUGCACCAAAGCCCUGGUUUUGUUAAUAUUCUUACCACAAGCAUUCUAAAAUAUAUUACAAAGGCAUCAACAUUAUCAGAAAAUUGUGACCCCAGUAUACCACCAGAAAAACAUUUGGUUGAGAAAGAAAAAGACAUGUUGGAUAAACUAAAAGUUGUCCUUCAGCAAUUUCUUCAUGACCACAUAGACCUUCAAGUUGUUGCCCUAUAUGCAUCUCAGGUGUUUUGUUAUAUCAACCAGUUUCCAAAAAAUAUGUUACGGCGAUUCUUUAUGCAUUUCUACGAUAUGGAGAUUAUUGAAGAGGAAGCAUUCCUAAAAUGGAAGGAAGAUAUCAAUGAUGAAUACCCUGGCAAAGGAAAGGCCCUCUUUCAGGUCAAUCAGUGGCUGACAUGGUUGGAACAAGCUGAAGAAGAAUCUGAAGAUGACGAUGAUGAUUAAGCCGAGUGGACAUUAGCUGCUGACGAAGUAGACCUGAUGACUUGAGAAAUAGUCCUAUUCAACACAGUCUCCUUUACUACCAACUGGACAAAAAAAAAAAAAAAAAAAAAAAAAAAAAAAAGCAAGAAAAAAAUAAACAAAAACAAAAAAAAAAUGAAAGACCUCACCCCAGUGGAAUCUAAUGUCAACGUGUGUAUGUGUGUGUGCGCGCAUGUGUUUGUAUGUGUGCAUGUAUUUGUCUUAUGUGCUCAUGCACAUUGUUGAUGGCUGUGUGCAGAGAAGACAGAAGAAGCAAUUGUGGCUUGGUUCAAUUCCAUCGUUGGAGACGAGUGACAAAGAUGACCACUGGGACAAAAAAUCUACGAUAUGGAUAUAAAUAUGCAUACACAUUGGACUGCUAUCAGAACUAGUGUUUCUCUCCCCC